UGCAGCUGAAGUUUCGUGCGCAUGCGCCGCUGCUGUCACGACUCGGACGCCGCUGCGGGGAAACAUGGCGAUGAAGGCGCUCAGAGGGAUGGUGAACGGGGCGAUGAGCGAGCUGUCCUCGGCCGUCAGCGGGAGCAGAGCCCCGGCCGCCGCUCCUACCUCCGCCACCGCUGCCGCCCGGGAACAUGUGAUGGCCGUCAAACGGGAUUACAUCUCCCAGCCGCGCCUCACCUACAAAACAGUGUCUGGAGUCAAUGGGCCGCUGGUGAUCCUGGACCAGGUUAAGUUCCCAAGGUACGCCGAGAUCGUCCACCUCACGCUGCCGGAUGGAACCAGGAGGAGCGGCCAGGUGCUGGAAGUCACCGGCUCCAAAGCUGUGGUGCAGGUGUUUGAGGGGACUGCAGGCAUCGAUGCCAAGAAGACCAGCUGCGAGUUCACAGGUGACAUAUUACGGACGCCGGUCUCAGAGGACAUGCUGGGUCGUGUGUUUAACGGGUCGGGUAAACCCAUCGACCGAGGACCCGCUGUCCUGGCCGAAGACUUCCUGGACAUCAUGGGACAGCCCAUAAACCCUCAGUGCCGCAUUUACCCUGAGGAGAUGAUCCAGACUGGCAUCUCUGCCAUCGAUGGCAUGAACAGCAUCGCCAGAGGGCAGAAAAUCCCCAUUUUCUCUGCUGCCGGGCUGCCGCACAACGAGAUUGCAGCUCAGAUCUGCCGGCAGGCCGGUUUGGUGAAGAAGUCAAAGGACGUGAUGGACUACAGCGAGGACAACUUUGCCAUUGUUUUUGCCGCCAUGGGGGUGAACAUGGAGACAGCCAGGUUCUUCAAGUCGGACUUCGAGGAGAACGGCUCCAUGGACAAUGUCUGCUUGUUCCUCAACCUGGCCAAGGACCUGACAAUCGAGCGGAUCAUCACCCCCCGCUUAGCACUGACGGCGGCCGAGUACUUGGCCUAUCAGUGUGAGAAGCACGUGCUUGUCAUCCUCACCGAUAUGAGCUCGUACGCAGAGGCGCUCAGAGAGGUGUCCGCAGCCAGAGAGGAAGUGCCAGGACGCCGAGGUUUCCCCGGAUACAUGUACACCGACCUGGCAACCAUCUAUGAGAGAGCCGGCAGGGUUGAGGGACGCAGCGGCUCCAUCACCCAGAUCCCCAUCCUCACCAUGCCCAACGACGACAUCACCCAUCCCAUCCCUGACCUGACCGGGUACAUCACUGAGGGACAGAUCUACGUGGACAGACAGCUUCACAACAGACAGAUCUAUCCUCCCAUCAAUGUGCUUCCGUCUCUCUCCCGUCUCAUGAAGUCCGCCAUCGGGGAGGGAAUGACCCGCAGAGACCACUCUGACGUCUCCAACCAGCUCUAUGCCUGUUAUGCUAUAGGGAAGGAUGUCCAGGCCAUGAAGGCAGUGGUGGGAGAGGAGGCUCUGACGGCCGAUGAUCUGCUGUACCUGGAGUUCCUCACCAAGUUUGAGAAAAACUUCAUCUCUCAAGGUGCCUAUGAGAAUCGCAGCGUGUUUGAGACUCUGGACAUUAGCUGGCAGCUCAUGAGGAUCUUCCCCAAAGAGAUGCUUAAGAGGAUCCCCCAGAGCACACUGGCCGAGUUCUACCCCCGAGAGGCCAAACACUAACUAGACACACACACAGACACACACACACUGCUUCCUGCCCUCGCUGUGUUCGUACAGUGUAGUGAUGUGAUGCUGUGACGUCCUCACACUCAUGACCUUCAUGUCCUGCUUCCACUCAGAGAGGAAGGAGACGAGGAGGAGGAGCCUGCACAUCAGCGUGUUCAUGAUGAUGAUGAUGAUGAUGAUGAUGAUGAUGAUUUGCACUCUGUGGUCAGUUUAACGUCAGAGGUUAUUUUAUGAGGACCUGCAGAACUUCAGCAGAGACAGAUGUUGAAUCCAGAUGUUCUGUCGUGCUCAUUUCAUGCCGCAUUAGAAAUGCUGAUGUCUUCUGAUCAAGGUCAAAAUAAUAAUUCAAACACAUCCAAAGAAAAGUGUAAAUUCCAUUUUUAUUGUGUCUUUAAAUCAGGUGUGAGGUUCUGUGCGUUCUGUGCGGUUCUUGUGGUUCCUUUAGAUUCAGUGUACUCUUCUUUUUUUUUUUUUUUCUCAUGCCAAAAGCUUGAUGUGACGAUGAAUGUGUGUGUUCUUUGUAGGCACUGCGUGCUCAUUGGUGGAUGUACAAACUGCAUGCAUCGCCGCUGAAUGUUUCCUGUUGGUGCCUGAAGUGCAGUCUGAAAUAAAAGCUGCUGUGUCAUCA